AUGAGAAAUUUGGUUCUCCUCAAUAGAGGGACCAUCAGGCCCGAAUCACAAACAUACCCUGAUCUUUCUCUAGCAAAUAGUGUAUUCGAUGUUGUUUCUGACACUGUUACCUGUGUCUUGACUUCAAGUGAAAGUGAAGUCAUUGAGGUGCAACAAAUCAUGAAGAAUGGCCUGGUUUCUGUACUUGCGUCCUUUCCUAGCUCUCAUCCAGAUAACAAAAUUUUGUCCUUCAGCCAUUUCGUGGACUCGUCUGUGUUAGUAUUCGUUUUUGAGAAUGGUGACAUUAUUACUGCCACAUACGACUCUAUUAAUCCUGAUUGCGACACUACAGCCAUAGAGAUUGUAGGUCUGAUUGACUGUGGAUUACUUGCGGCAUCGUGGUCCCCAGAUGAAGAAACGCUCUCAAUUUUAACGCGGGAGAAUAAUCUUCUAUUGUUAUCCAGACUGUUCGAGCCCAUUUGCGAAAAGCACCUUGAUCCAGAAGACAUUAAGAUUGCCGAUACAAAAAACGUUUCUGUGGGAUGGGGAAAGGAGGAAACCCAAUUUAAAGGUAAGGGGUUUAAGGCUUUGGAGCGUGAAAGGGAGGCAUUGAAACAUGCUGGGUUGGAUUUGAAGGAAGACUCUCAAUUAAGAGAUCCUACAGUUGCCGAGGCACAAAAAGGAACCCUUUCUACAUUUGAUGAUCAGUCUGUCAAAUUCAGCUGGAGAGGAGACUGUGAGUUUUUCGCGGUCAUUACAAAAGAAGAAGUGCUUGUGGAGUCAACCCUGGAGGUUUAUUUCCGAAGAGUGAUCCGAGUGUUUACCAGAGAGGGUAAUUUGGACUCUGUUUCUGAAGCUGUUGAUGGUAUCGAACACAAUUUGUCUUGGAGACCUUCAGGAUCUUUGAUCGCAUCGACCCAAAGAUUCUUCGAUGAAGAAGGGUAUGAAACUCUCAACGUAGCCUUUUUUGAAAGAAACGGGUUGAGACAUGGCGAGUUCGAUACGCGGCUUGACCCCUCGCAAGAUUCUGUCAUUGAUAUUCAAUGGUCUUCUAAUAGCGAUGUGCUUGCUCUCCAUUUGAAGAACAGAGUUCAAAUCUGGUCCACUAAGAACUAUCACUGGUACUUGAAGCAGGAGUUUUAUGUCAACGACAGCUCACCUUCAAAUGAAGUGUCGUUCGUCAAAUUCCAUCCCGAAAAACCACUCCAUCUCAUGGUGGGCACAACCGAAGAAGGUGUUCAAAUCCUUAAUCUUGCUUAUAGAGUUUCUUGUGGCCCUACUGUUUCUGGUCAUGAUAUUGGAAUGGUAGCUGUGAUCGAUGGCACUGAGGCGAAAAUCACCCCCCUUGGUGUGGCUAACGUUCCGCCACCAAUUGCUUUUAGGGAGUAUGAUUUUCCAUCUUCUCUUAAUGACAUUGCAGUCAGUUUAUCAAAUAAUGUCUUCGCUGCUGUGGACAGCCGGCAAAACGUUCAAGUUUGCCGUAUAACUGUGGAAGAAAUGAAAUCCAACAAAGAACCGCUGUUUAUGACCAUCGCGAAAUCUCUGAUUGUUCAAAGUGGUGAACUGGUGAAGCAAGUUUGCUUCAUUGGCAAUGAUCUCAUCGCCAUUUUGGUGGAUACAAAUUCCGCCUCAACUGUCAUUUUGUUCGAUAUUGAGAAUGAAAUAAUUGCUUCUUACGUUCCAUUGGACAGAAGGGCAGUUCUUUUGAAAUCGAUUGCUGAAUUUACGGCUGCUGUUGUGGAAGGUAUUGAUGGAUCAGUCUGGCAAAUUUCCGAUGUGGGUGCCCUUCAGUUUAUUACUACUUUUCCACAACUUUGCCAAGAAUUUGAGGUUGUUCUGUCCGCAACAGAUUCUGGUAACAGCGCUCAUGCAUUUGGUAUAUCGGUGAACGGUAAAUUGUAUUGUGGCGAUCAACAACUUGCUACUGCAGUGACCUCUUUAAGAGUGACUGAUACCCUUCUUGUGUUCACAAAUGCACUUUCUUGCUUAUAUUUUGUGCAUCUCAACAAUGCCACGAAUCCAGAAAGUUUCAAGUUUUUGCAAGAGAAUAACAACAAAGAGGAUGAAAGAAUCAGACAAAUGGAACGUGGAUCUUUACUUGUUUCUUGUUUUCCUUCGCAAUAUUCUGUUGUGUUGCAAGCACCUCGUGGAAAUUUGGAAACUAUAUGUCCUAGAAUGAUGGUCUUAUCUGGUGUGAGAAAGUUCAUUAAAGACCUCAAUUAUCAUGAUGCGUUGGUAGCAUGUCGGAAACAUAGGAUUGACUUGGAUUUAUUGCAUGACUACAACCCUCAAUUGUUUUAUGAUAAUGCCGAACUCUUUGUGAAGCAGAUCAACAGAGUUGAUUACUUGGAUUUGUUCGUUUCUUGUCUUCAUGACGAAGAUGUGACAUUGACCAAAUAUAAAGACACUUUGAUUAGUGGGAAUGAGAUGCCAGAGAUUGCCAAGCUUUCUUUACAAACCACAAAUGCUCAAGAUAAGCAGUCAACAAGAAGAAUGAUCAUCAACAAGGAAUCUCAAGAGGAAUCGUCAAAAGUGAACAAAAUUUGCAACACAAUUAUCGACGUUUUAUCUACUGAGCCAUAUGAAAAGAAAUUUUUGCAAUCCCGAAUCACUGCUUACGCAUGCCAAAAACCGCCAAACCUUCAUGGAGCAUUAACCCUUAUUGGUACACUUGAUAACGCAGAAGAGCAAGAACAAGCUAUUACUCAUUUGUGUUUCCUUCUGGAUGUGAAUAAAUUGUACAAUUACGCAUUGGAGUUAUAUGAUGUCAAGUUGGCAUUGAAUAUUGCUCAAAAAUCGCAGAAAGACCCCAAGGAGUACUUGCCAUUCUUACAAAAUUUGCAUGUCCAACCUCAAUUGCGCAAACAGUUUUUGAUUGAUGACCACUUAAAGUUUAAUUCUAAAGCUUUGGGAUGGUUAUUUGAGAUGGGAGAAAGUGCGAAGGAGGAAUUCGAUGAAUACGUCGUGGAACAUAGUUUGUACAAGAGAGCCUUGACACUUUUCAAAUAUGACGACAAGAGAUCGAAGGAAAUUCUUGCUCUUUACGCCAACUAUCUUUAUGAUCAAAAGAAGUACAUCGAAGCUGCUAUUUCUUAUGAACUCCUUGGAAGUAUUGAGAGUGCCAUGGAUAGCUAUAUUCUUUCUAAGAGGUGGAGAGAAGCUCUUACAUUAGCUCAAAGCUUAAACAAGGAAGGGUUGGUGGACGACAUUGCUACAAGAUUAUCUUCUGCUCUAGUUGAGGAUCAUCUUUACUCACAAGCUGCUGAAAUUGAGUUCACAUUCUUAGGCAAUGUCGAAGAAGCUGUGAGAUUACACUGUAAGAGCUACAAUUAUGAGACAGCUCUUCUUUUGGCAACAGAACAAAAAAGGCCCGAAUUGAAAGAGUCUAUUAUUGAUGUUCAAUUAGGCGAGGGUUUUGGUACAGUUGCUGAACUUCUUGCUGACUGCAAAGGACAGAUCAAUUCUCAACUCAAGCGGUUGAGAGAAUUGAGACAAAAGAAGCAAGAGGAUCCGUACGCAUUCUAUGGCAUUCCUAACGAUGACUUGGAUACUCCAGAUAAUGUUUCUAUUGCUGCAUCAGAAACUUCUACAACCCCAUCCUUCUUUACUAGAUAUACCGGCAAAACCUCUGGAACGGCGAAGACUGGCGCCUCCAGAAGAACGGCUAAGAAUAGAAAGAGAGAAGAAAGGAAGAAGGCGAAGGGUAGAAAGGGUACCAUUUAUGAAGAAGAGUAUCUUAUUAAGUCUGUCGGGCGUUUGGUUGAGAGAUUACACCAAACACAACAGGAUGCAAUCCGGUUAAUUGAAGGUUUGUUGAGACGGAACAUGAAGCUUCAAGCUUACCAGGUGCAGAACAAUUGGGUCGAAUUGAUAGAGUUUAUCAAAGACAACAUUCAAGAAAUCCAUAACAUGAGCGAAAAGGAUAGGGAAAGAAUCGAUGAUAAUGGUGAGGUAUAUCUAAUUGAUGAAAUACCUGUACCCACCAUUCAGGACUUCCCAAAGUUCGAUAUCCUAGACUACUGA